UUCAUCUUUACCUUCACCCGGCCUCUCCCCGUUAUAAUAACCCUCAGUCUCCGUACCGAGCCCCUCUCGCCCGCGGCCCCGUCCCGUCACGCCCCGUCCCGUCCCGUCACCAUGAAGCUCUCCGCCGCCCUCGCCCUCCUGCCGGCCCUGGCUCUCGCCACGCCGACGCCGACGGUCGAGAAGCGAGCCACCACCUUUUGCGACCAGUGGGGCUCCGCCGUCACCGGCACGUACACUGUCUACAACAACCUCUGGGGCGCUUCCUCGGGCACCGGCAGCCAGUGCACGACCCUGACGGGUCUGUCCGGCAGCAACCUGCAGUGGUCGACGACGUGGUCCUGGUCCGGCGGGCAGUACAAUGUCAAGUCGUACGCCAAUGCCGUCGUCAACAUCAGCAAGAAGGCUCUGAGUGCGAUCGGCAGCAUCCCCUCGACCUGGAACUGGAGCUACUCCGGAAGCGGCCUCGUCGCCAACGUCGCCUAUGACCUCUUCACGUCCUCGACGGCCUCGGGCGCCCCGCAGUACGAGAUCAUGAUCUGGCUCGGUUCCCUCGGCGGCGCCGGCCCGAUCAGCGAGACGGGCAGGACCAUCGCCACGCCCACCGUCGCCGGCCGCACCUGGAACCUCUACAAGGGCUCGCACAGCCAAAUGACCGUCUUCAGCUUCGUCGCGCCCAGCAACGUGCAGAGCUUCAGCGGCGACCUCAAGGCCUUCGUCACCUACCUCGUCAACAGCCAGGGCCUGCCGUCCUCCCAGAUCCUCCAGAGCAUCGGCGCCGGCACCGAGCCCUUUGUCGGCUCCAACGCAAAGUUCACCACGACCGCCUACACUGCCUCGAUCUCUUGAGUCACGGGGCUGUUUCGUUCUAAACAACCAAAUGCUCUUGUCUGCUGUGUGUGGGCCGCCCCGUCAUAACUGUCGGGACUGAGACAGACUUGAGUGGGAAAUGGGCUCAUCUUGUCUCAAAGCUUUCCUCUUCUGCCCUCCUUAUUUAACAUU